GAAAAAGAGCAAGCUGAGUCAUUUCUAUCGGGACCGUAAUCAAAUUCACAUUGCAACUUUCGGCAUUAUUGGUUGAGCUUAUCGAGGCUAAAAUACAAAAAAAAUUCCCAGUAGACUUUCGUAGUUUUGUGUGGAGCCGACAUAGAAAAGAAUUUCAAAAAAUUUAAACAACAAAAACGAAACCAAAAACCAAAACCGAAACUAACAGUGGCCGGGUAAAGUUCCAAGACACAGGCAACAGGCGACAGGCAACAGGCAAUAGGGCACACAGGAGUGUUAGUUUAUAAUUUUGUUUAAUUGGUGGAGGAGAGAAUGGUGCGUCUGGAGACAAGCGAUGGCCGGAUAAUCCGGGUCGAUUUCGGGCUAUUGGAGCGUUCGGCCGUUAUCCGUGAGAUGUGCCGUGUCAGUCAACCGGAAUCUGAUGAUUCCGGCAAGGAAUACGGCAAUGAUGAGGACUAUAUCCUGCCACUGCACGGCAUACGCAGUAAUGUCCUGCUGAAGGUCCUGCUCUGGGCUGAGUUUCACAAAGAUCAUGAGGAACCGGCCUGGGUCCAGAAGAUAUCACCGGCCCCCGAAGAAGUUGAACUGCAGACCCAUGACUGGGACAAGGAAUUCCUCAGGGAUGAGAUCGGUAGCAUCUAUGAUCUGUUGGAGGGAGCUGAUUAUUUGGAUAUCCGUUGGCUCUUCAAGCUGUGCGCCCAGAAGAUCGCCCUCCAUAGCAAACGACCGAUGGGUUAUUUGCGGUUCAGGCGCUAUCUCCAGAAGAUGCCAUCGCUGGUGGAGUUCCAGGGACUGGCGGCCAAUUGCCAGAACUUGGACGAUGAGAUAGGCAAUAGCUACCAUACAGCCGCGAAGAUCAAUGGAAAAUUGCAUGGAAAUUUUUAUCCGCUUGCGGCACGGCAGGCGGCAAAGUGAUGCCCAUUUGGAUUGCAAUUCAGCAAUUGGUUCACUUCAGUAUAGUAUAUUAUAUAUCCUGGGAUAUCGCGCGCUAUGUUCAAAUUGGAAUGACAAAAUGAUUGAAGUUUUCGGCAAAUUUUUUGGUGCACGUUUUUUUACGGACAAGACUUAAAUGAAUGAGACAUGAAUACUCUUUGAUUAACUGAUCGGGGCUAAGCCAAGAACAUGAAUCUACAAAACGGAGCAAACACAAGAAUUCAGCAAAUAAAUUUAUUAGGUCAAA